AAAGAGUUUAAAGCUUCGCUUCUUAAAAAAUAUCUCUCUUCCUGUAUUCACUGGAGCUCGAAUUGAAAGAGAAGAAGGCUUCCCAUUACAAGUAGCUUUAGUUGAUUGUUUUACAGGCCAAAUUAUUUAUUCUGGGCCAGAAUCCACAGCCAAGGUGGAAGUCAACAUGACUUUACAAACAUAAUUACCAUGUUGUCCAAAACAUGUACAAAUAGUUUGUUUCAUUGGUGUAGACUUCGAAAACAAUAAUAAGCCCAUCACACAAUUUCAAUAAUGAAACGAAAAGUGCUUUCUUUUCUUUUCUUUUCUUUUCACAUUAUAUAUAUUUGCUCUGACUAUGUCUGAGCUGUAAACCUCAAGCUCAAAUUUUGAAAGAGAGAGAAGAAAGAGAAAGACAAAAAAGAAAGUGUUUUUCUUUCUUUAAUCAAUAUAAACUACAAUAAGACCUAUUUUGUUGUGUUCUAUUUUUUGGGUUUUGGUUAUGGUAAGGAUGGCAACAUUUGGAGGGACUACCCAGAAGUGUAAGGCUUGUGAGAAGACUGUAUAUUUCGUUGAUGAGCUUACUGCUGAUAAUAAAGUUUACCAUAAGGCAUGCUUUAGAUGCCACCACUGCAAACGCACCCUCAAGCUGAGUGAUUAUUCCUCUUUUGAGGGUGUUCUAUAUUGCAAGCCUCACUUUGAUCAACUCUUUAAGAGGACUGGUAGUUUGGAUAAAAGUUUCGAAGGUACUCCUAAAACUGUUAGAGACAGAACAGCAAAUCAGGUUACUAACAACAAAGUUUCGCGCUUGUUUGCUGGUACACAAGAAAAGUGUGUUGCUUGCAAGAAAACAGUUUAUCCCAUUGAGAAGGUUGCUGUUGAUGGUACAUCAUACCAUAAAGGCUGUUUUAGAUGCACACAUGGUGGUUGUGUGAUCAGUCCAUCGAACUAUGUAGCGCACGAGCAUCAUCUUUACUGUAAGCAUCACCAUAAUCAACUCUUCAAGGCAAAGGGAAACUUCAGUCAACUUGACAAGCAUGAAGAUGUGAAAAUACAAGAUGUUAAGGUAGAAGAUGUGAAAGGGAUGACUGAGAACACAGUGCCUGUGGUGGCCGAGUAGUUGAUCCGUACCGUGAUCUGCCUCUGAUCGUGGAUUUUCUCGACCUAAAACAAAAGCAAAUUGUUUCUAGUGUACAAGAAUAGUCUUUGUUUGAUUUGAGUUUUCUGUUUUCCUUUCUUUUUUUUUAAAAAAAAAUAUAUAUUUUGUUGUUAAAUUUUGAAUGUGUUGGUGAGCGAGUUUUAAUAAAAAAUGAGUGUUAGGCAAAAA